GGACAAGUUUACGAUGUUUUUAUUGAUUUCCGUAGUGUCAGUGGUCAUUUUCAGCGUCCUCUGUACAUUUCUUCUGAUAAGAACAAGUAAAAGGCAUUACAAACGAGAAUUGCAACGAAUGAUAAGUAAUAUAACUGAAGAGAAUUCUGAUGCUGAACACGAAUACUCCGGCUACUACACAAUGGACUCAAUGUCUGGCGCGCGAUUCUCUUCUGUUUAUAAUCACACAGAAAGAGGGGAAUACAACAUUUUGUCUCUUUCACAGAGGGCAUAUGUUGAUGACGCAGAUUUCUCUCCCAUGACGUCAUUUCACCCUCAGAAUCGACAACUAAAUUCAGAAACAGAGCUGAAUGACAAUGAAAGCCUGGGCAGUGUUAUUGAAGCAGGAUGUUUAAUAAAUCUGUUUCAAGAAUGUGAAGAUGAUCUAAUGAAUGACGGAACUGAAUCAGAAACAAUCGCCAAAUUAUAGUCUCGGUGUUUUUGAGAACUGUCAAGAUUAGAAGCACAUUUCUGAGGAUGAUCAAAGUCUAAAU